AUGGCCGCGGACCCAGCUGCACAACGUGCAUAUCUUCAGGCUAAUGUGGAUGCAGACUUUGUGUUCCUUCUUGAGGAGCAUGGGGUCGAUCUGGCACUUCAGUUUGCUAUCGGUCAACAUUACAAGAGCAUUCGCACUUUUGCUGCUUUCGCCGAUGAUCGUGGUGCAGCACGUACUGCGAUUACAGCCGAUUUCGCUAUCAGGCCUGAGAGCGCUGCGGAUCGAGCUAGGAUGGCAUGCAUCAUCACUGCUUGGGAAGCUUCCAAGAUGAUUCGAGAGGAGGAAGCUAAGCUUCGUGCUGAGGCUAAGGUUUUGGGUGUUCAGAAGCCACUCGCCUCUUCGGAUCGCGCGGCCAUGCGGGUCGCCCUGGAAGCUGUUCGAGGCUACACCGUGCCGGAGUCCGAGGAGCCGGCGCCUGAGUACUUGGCGCACAAGCUUGAACAGAUUGAGAAUGGCGAGCCCACUGCCAGCUAUCUUGAUGAAGUUAUCUCUCGAAAAGAGUCCAACUCGCUUCAACUUCAGACUUCCUUGGACAAUCAGGGCCGGCUUCGGGUCAUGCGACAGAAGCCAAAAGGUCGCCUUCCGCAGAAUACGGAGGAGCUGCGGGCGAAGCUUCGUCUCGAGGCCUCCACUUGGGUCAUGCUCUCAGCCAAGUGUCGCGGUCGUGCAUAUUUGCAGGGGCUGCAGCUGUCACACUUUGAUCGUUUCCUUGAGUUCCUGUUGGGUGACAAGUGUUACAACAUGCAAGUGGCUUCCAAUGCUCCCGCAAGCUCUUCUCAUGCGGAGAAACAGGCACUGUCGGUGCCUUGGAAUGUCCUGCUUCAGUACGAGUUUGAGCUUCGUAAGUGGGCUAUCAAGGAGGCUCAUCGCGAUGGGACCCCGCUCGGUGACAAGUUGUAUGAGGCCACCCGGAAUACCGAGCUCAAGGAGCUCCACUUCACCUCUCAGGUCGCCUUGUCAAAACGUUCGGCCGCUCAUGAUCCUCCCCCUCCAAAGUGGCCCCGCAAGGGCAAGGACGGCAAAGGGGAAAAAGGCGGCAAGGACGGCAAGGGUGGCAAGGACGGCAAAGGGGGCAAGUCCACUGGCAAGAUUCAGGUCGGGGAGUCCUGGUAUGAGUUGGUGGCCAAGACUCCGGAUGGUCGUGAGCUUUGUUAUGCCUACAAUAUCAAGCGUGGAUGUCAGGUCAAGGGAUGCCAGCGCGUCCACGCGUGUCGCGUGAAGGGCUGCCAGGGCAACCAUCCGGCAUAUCAACACGGCGCGCAAGGUCCGUCUCGCAAAUCGGAUGUUCGUGGCUCCCUGGAGGCGCUUUGCAAGGCACAGAGUAUCACUUUGGUAAUGUCAGAAAUUGACAUCUGCCGCGAUCCCAAGCUAGACCUUUUGGAUCCUGCCAUCGCCGAUCGAUGUUUGCAGGAGGUUAAGAACUCUGAGUGGGAUGUGGUCUUGGUGACCCCACCCUGUGGGACCUUUUCGCGGGCUCGGUGUGUACAGCCGGGUCCUCGGCCACUGAGAUCACGUCUUUAUCCUCGGGGCUUUCCUUGGCUAUCCGAUUCUCACCGAGCUCUUGUUGAACAUGGCAACCAGCUUGUUUCUUUUGCCUUUGACAUCUGCACAAAUGCGCUUUCGAAUUCAGUACCUUUCCUACUUGAGCAUCCUGAAGAUCUGGGGCUCACUUCCAACGGUCAUGCUCCGGCUUCCAUUUGGCAGCUACCGGAGGCCGUUGCUCUUUUCAAGCAUGAGAAUGUCAUCACUUUCGCAGUAUACCAAUGCCAAUAUGGGGCGUUUUCGCCCAAGCCCACACGUUUUCUGUCUUCUAUUCCGGUUACUUCUCGAAUGCCCUUCACUGGGCCGCCUCGGUUUGACGCUUCAGAUCGAUACCUCGGCCCUUUGCCGAAAUACUGUGGUCAUCGGCAUCAGCAAAAACUGCUCGGGCCUGCCGCUACUUCCGCGGCUGCAGCUUACCCGGACGAUUUGUGCAGAACCAUUGCUGAAUGGUGUUUCUCCGUCUUCGAUGGGGGGGGAACACUGGCUGCAUUGGCUCCUACACUGGUGCUGGGACCGGGUUUUCAGUUUCCAGCGAGGGAGGUGGAGGCUGGCUCGGGCGCUUCCCCUGCGGAGCGACUUGCUGCAGAAUGCUUGAGGAGCGGGACAAUUUCGCACGGGCAACUUCUGCGCAUCUCUGAAUUGCUGCCGGAUGAAGACAGAGUUCGACAGACUUCUAGGGUGAUCGAAGGUCAGCGAUCGUUCACUGCAGGAGCCUUUGUUCACUCUGACAAGGACUGGGAAGGUUGUCGCUUGGUCCUGGCCGGGUACACCAUUGCGAACGAUGGGCAGCUCGCUGAAUCGGACCGGGAUGCUUUACUUGACUUGGGAUUCGACCUGCCAGGAAAGCGAAAGCGGGACCACUGCGAGACCACGACCGCAGGGGAUGCUGGCGACGAUGGGAAGGAGAUUGAGGACCUACCUUAUAGUGAGCUGAAAUCUGGCUGUGAGGGACCGCCCUUGGUGGGCGAGUUUGCAGGGGCGACUGACGAGUUUGUGGACGGCUUCGGUAGAUGCUCGCCGGGGCGUUGGAAACCUAUCUGCCGGGGGCGCCACAUGUCUCCUGCCGCCACUUCCUUUGCACAACAGCUUAAAGAUCGUGUUCGAAAGUUUGUUCUUGAAAACGUGCCUGAUCUGGCAAAAGCGACUUUUCGUCUGGCGACGGGGCAUUGGAAUGGUCCCUUGUUCGCUCCGGAGGCAAUGGACAAACUUCGCGAGGACUGGUUCUGCAUGCUGCCGGAUCCUGCACGAGCAAGGGAGCUGAUUCCUCAUCAGCCAUUCUACUUGAGGGCAAUGGCACAGACCCUAAAAAUCUUGGAGGAUCCCGACUACCGCAUCAUCGAGGAGGGCAAGUUCUGCUUCGUGAAUGGUGUGGAGGUCGGACACACUGCGCCAUUGGGGCCGGUCCCUCAAGUCUUCAGAGCUCGUCGAAAGGAUCAGAAAUACGAUGAGUCCGACUGGCAACCGCUGAUGGAUAAUUAUCGGGACGGCCCUGAGGUUGCAAAAUCGCUUGAGGAAGCAUUUGCAAAAGAAGAGGCAGAAGGCCGUAUGUUCCCACUCUCUCUUUCAGAGGCCCGGGCCCGCUAUCCGGGGGCGGCACUUCGUAUUGCAGCGCAGGCAGUGAUUCCGAAACCUGACCAAGAUUUUCGUGUGGUCCAUGAUGGGACCCACGGGGUCCACGUUAACAAUGAGAUUGUUAUGCUGGACCGUCUUGAAUCGCCAGGGGCUAGGGAAGUGUCCGCGAUCCAAAAGCUGGGCAGCGUGUCUGAUGAGAAAGUCCUCUUCGGUCUCGUGGGGGACGUGAAAAAGGCGCACAGGCGCUACUUGCACCAUCCCGACCAUUGGGGGGUGCUCUCCUGCAGAACGAGGAGCGAUUCCUCUGUGGUCUGGGUCAAUCGCACUGGGACUUUCGGAAUUGCUUCAGCGGCUUAUUGGUUUGCGCGGAUCAUCGGUCUCGUGGGCAGGCUUUCCCUCAGAGUUCUCCUUCAGUCAUUCCUCUUCAUGCUCAUUUAUGCCGAUGAUCUACACGUGCUCAGCGGGGGACCCGAUCGCUGGCUCAAUCUCUGGAUGUCCCUUGCGCUACUAUGCCUUCAGGGGACCCCCUUCUCAGAACGAAAGUGGCGUGGGGGACUGCAACUUGAUUGGGUCGGUUAUUGGAUUGAUUAUGGACGCUUCAAGCUGGGAAUAUCUGAAAGGAGGUGCCAUUGGAUCAUCAGUGGCAUCGAAUCCAUGGAGGGAAACGGCUGGCUUGUGGAUGUCCGACGAUUUCAUGAGCUUCACGGGUUUAUCGCUGACCGCUUGAGGCACGGUGCUCGUACUUACGAAUCGGGCCGUCUUGAGAAGGACUGUGGGGAGCUCUUCCGCACGGAUGCCGCUUGCAAUGAUUCUUCGGUUGUCUUGGGCGGAUGGUUUUUGCACAAAGGGCCGGAGCCAAAGAAGGCCCCAUGGUUUCAGAUCACUUUGAGCAGGGACGACGCUCCUUGGUUGUUCAAGAAGGAUUCGGGCAGUUCGUGGGCGAGCACUUCGGCUGAGGUUCUUGCUUCGCUUGCGGCGCUACACUUGUUGAGACGUGACUUCAAGGAUCUCUGGUCAGUUCCUGGACACUUCCGUGCUUGCUUCUGUGGCGGGACUGAUAAUAAAUCUGCCGAGGCGCUGUCUUGCAAGCUGCUCACGACUCGAGUGCCUCUCAUGUUUGUGGUGAUGGAGUUCGUCACCUUUUGUGACGCUCUGGGUUUCAGAUGCAACCUCAGCUGGAGACCCAGGGACUCCAACCAGGAGGCGGACCGCAUCACCAAACAUGUUUUCGAGGACUUCGAUGAAAACUUGAGACUGCCUUUCAGCUGGUCAGAUAUGACCUUAUCAGUUCUGCCGUCUCUCUUGAGAUUCGCGAGCUUUCAGUCUGAACUUGAUUCCAUCAAGGCCUCGAUUGCGGAUGAUGGAACAACCUCAGCUCCUCGAAUAAGGUUCGAGAAAAGUCAGUGGGGAUGA